GGGAUUCAACUCGGGCCUCAUGGCCGUUCAACGGGUUCAACGGAGUUGAAUAAAUCCCGUUGCGAGUUGAAUGGACACACAGAGUGGGGGGCGUGGGGGCAGCGAGACCGCGGGUGACGAGGGACGGGGUGCCGCUGUGUGUGGCAGAGGAGAGGGUGGACCCGAUGGAGAUGGGGACACCGUGGGUGUCGGGGGAAACGAUGGACCGGACGGAGAUGAUGACGACGACCACGGUCCCGAGGACGAUGCGUAUAGGCUCGCCUUGGUGUUGAGGGACCCCACAGUACGUCCCUUGCGCCCUGUCGACACAGCGCACGCUUUUUUCGACGUCGACGCUUUGGCGCAAGCGUUGACGGAUGACCCUUUCGCACACAUGAGCCGCAAGAGCGGCAAGAGGCGGGCCCCUGGGAGGGUAUAUUCACCGCCGCCGUUCGUGGUGGAGAGCCCUCACUGGUUGGGUUCGUCGCUCAGCGGCGUGAGAGGGAGGGAGUCCGGAGCGGGUGAGGUGGGGUCCGGCAGACGCAGCGACGUCGGCAGAGACAGUGCAGGAUCGAUGCCUCCACCGCCCGCACAGACUCCGGAGGCCGGGGUCGACGCCGGGGACCAGACGGCGACACCCGGAGUUGCGCACAGUGGCGGUUCCCCGCCGACAGUCCGAGGUGGUGUGGGUGGCGGAUGGUCAGUUGUUCGUCGGGUCGGGGAUCGGUUGCGGGCGGAUUACAACGCCGGGAGGGGCGUCUUCACGGGACGCACGCCAGUUCAGAAGCAGGCUGCGGAGGGUGGGUCCGGACGGGUCGCCGCUGGCCAGGUAACAUUGGACGCGAUUCAGAGGGAGAGAGAGACGGGGAUUGCUGCACGGGCGGCGGAGGACGAGGACGCAGACACAGAGUCCGAGCUGAUCGAGACUGUGGCUCGCAGACACAGGGCAGCGGUGGCCGUGGCAGCCGCUGCAGCACAGGCGGCAUACCUCAGCGGAGCACGGGGCACAGGUGCCGGAGGGAGAGGAGGGCGACGGGGAGGACCGCAUGGCCACCCGUCCUCCGGGAGAGGUCGUGCGUGCUCUGAAGGGAGAUGACGACGUCCGUGGUUUGUUUUUUUUUCGUUAGUUUUUUUUGUUUUUUUCAUGGUUGUAUAGCCUGGACGCUCUGUCGGCAGGGUUGUUGCAUAUUUAUGUCGAUGUUAUUCCAUGGAGACGACGACAGUAUGUGGACAUUAGUUUUUUUUUUUUUUUUUUUUGCUACUCGGUUGUACAGUAGAGAGAACGGGUCCAGUUUUUGGCUUCAGCCUUGUGCAUACACAUUUCCAUUGCAAUGCUUUGUCAGUAGGGUCCAAUUUUUUUUUUGCUACUCGGUUGUACAGUAGAGACGACGGGUCGAGUUUUUUGCUUCAGCCUUGCACAUACGCAUUUCCAUUGAAAUGCUUUGUCAUAUAUUUGCUCUUCUUCGUGUUCCUCUACCAACAUUGGUCUUGCAUCUGAGUCGUCGUUGUUUGGUGAGUGGUUUCUGGUUUGUUGUCGUGAUUGUUGCAAAUUAUGUGUUUCUCUCAUGCCACGCACCUCCAUGUCAUGGAUGCCUCAAUUAUGAAUGUGCUGUUAAUUUCGGAUGCCAAAUAGGGAUGAUGUGCUAAUGAAUGUGUUCUUACACA